AUGAAGAAAAGGUACCAAAAUACUUUUGCCACUAUGGCAUACCCAUACAUGAACGGUGUUUUGCACGCUGGUCAUGCCUUCACAUUAUCCAAGGUUGAAUUUGCUACUGGUUUUGAAAGAAUGAAUGGUAAGAGAGCUCUUUUCCCAUUGGGUUUCCACUGUACUGGUAUGCCCAUCAAAGCUGCUGCUGAUAAAAUCAAGAGAGAAGUUGAGAUGUUUGGAGAAGACUUUUCUGGUGCACCAACCGAAGAAAAUGAACAAGAACCAGCAGCAGAUGCAGGAGCCUCGGGAAAAGACCAAAAAGCAGAAAAAAAGAGAGGAUAUGUCAAAGUUUACUUCCAAAAAGUCCAAGGCUGCUGCCAAGACUGGUAG